AUGCAGUCCAAGCUCCUCCUCGCCGCCGCCGCCGCCGCCGCCACCAGCGGCGCAAUGGCAAUGGACCUCUCCGGCACCCUCCCCCGCGUCCUCCGCCGCGCCGGCAACAACCUCCUCGACGCCCGCGACGAGGCCGCCUGCGCCUCCGUGUACAUGGCGCACUCCACCAUCGUCGACGACUUCCCCGAGCUGCCCACCGCCCUCGCCACCGAGACGGACCUCGACAUCCCCCAAAUCACCAACCCCUGCGACUUCCCCUCCGUCACGGGCGCCGCCGGCCAAGUCAUCACCUCGUACUCCUCCGCCCUGCAGUCCUGGCAGGACGCCCACAUCACCGAGAUCCGCGAGAUCUUCUCCGCCUGCAGCGACGUCCCCGAGGUCUCCUCCGCUCUGAACGAGUACGGCAGCGCCGUCUGCUCUACCGCCCUCGCCGUCCUCACCAGCGCUGAUGCUACCGCUACCGCUUCUGCUACUGCUACUGCUACCGGCUCCGGCUCUGCUGCGGCCACGGCUACGGCUUCGGGCUCGGCCUCCGUCACUGCUACCGCCUCGGGCGCCGGCUCUGCUUCUACCUCUGCUUCCGGCAGCGCUGCUGCUUCCUCCACGGCUGCGGCUGCUGCUGCGGCUCCUCGCGAGACUGGCCUCUUUGUCGCUGCUGCUGCCGCUGCCGCUGGUAUCAUCGGUGCCAUUAUCCUGUAA